AUGGGUAUAUGUUUUGGAGCCAAGAAGAAUGAUCGUUAUGCAAUUAUUUAAAAACAAAUCAAUAACACUGUAAAGGAAUAAGAAGAUAUGUAAAUUUAAGAAGAAUUGGCAUAUUAAAAUAAACAAUUACUUGAUGAGGAAGAGAUAACACUGAAGAUUAACACAUAAACUUAACUAAUAGUUUCUAAAGAUCUAAAUGAAACGGCCAGUUAAUAGAUCAUUGAAUAAAAGGCUUCUACUAAAAAGAAAAGGAAGAAAAAAACUAAAGAUGAAAAUUAUCUCAAACAAAUAGAGUAUCAUAUAACACUUAAAUCUAUUAUUAUUGAAGAAGAAUAAGAUCAGACUUAGUCAUAAUAUAAUAUAAUAAUGGUACUAGAAUAUAUGGGUUAUUGUCAUAAUGUCUAAUUAAAAGGUGUUUUAAUUAAUCACCCAAAGAAAACGUUUCAACUAAUUCCAAAUACCUAUGAGGAUGCUGCUAAGCAUUCGAGAUUCUCUCCUUUUUUUUAAAAUGACUUUUACUUUAACAUCAACGCUGAUCCCUUACAUAAUACUAAUUAUUUCGAGAAAUUAUUACAUGUGGAAAGAACUGUGACAAUAGAUAGACAGAUCAGAAUAUCACCUACCAAAAGAUUUUCUAGACGAUCAUCUUCUGUUUUAGAUGAACACCAAAGUCCAUCCCCUUUAAAAAAGAGAUAAAAUGUAAAAAAAUCUGAAUUUGUAAGUGAAUUACUUGAAGUUGUAUAAGUUUUUGAUUUGGAAGCCUAGCCUAGAUUUCUUUAAAUAUUAUUUGCCCUAUUAUUGAAAGAAUAAUUACCUUAAAUUAGUAAUAACUUUGUGUACAUUGAAGAGUUGAUUUUUUUAUUUGAUUAAUUGCCUAAAAUGGAAUAGCCCAAUGUGUACAGAAUUGGCAUUUUCUAUGAGAGUCUUGAUUAUAAUCUUCAUGAUCUGCUUGUUUAUAUGAAACAUGAAGAGGUUAAAUUGUCCCAAAUUUGCUUUCUAAAAUUAGCACACAAUUUAAUUUAAGCUUUAUAUAAUUGCUAUUCAAAUCAUUGUUAUAGAAUCAAUUUCACUUUAUCCACAAUAUUUUACACAAAACGAUUCAAAAAAUUUAAGAUCUAAUCUUUUUGCAGAAUGUAAAGUCUAAUACCAUUUGAAGGAGAUCAGUAGCUUAACCUAAAAAAUGUCCCUGAACAAAAACUUAAGUUUUUUAUCAGAUCUUUUAAAAAGGAUUUUGCUGCCUUAUGUGAUUUAAUUUUAUACUUCAAAGAUGUCAAUAAACCAUUAGACAGUAUCCAAUAUCUUCGUAAAUAAGCUAAAACAAAUAACUCUCCUGAAUAUUUAAAAUAUGCAGAAAUUACUUUUGAAAAAGAAUACGAGAAGACUUUGGUUGAAGUAAUUAGAUUUAGUUUAGAUGAGAUCUAAUACGAAAAAUUGAAUGAAUUAUUAUGUGACUUGAAAGACACUACAAUUAAUUUAGAAUAAAUCAUUGCCGAAUUAGAAUUAAGAAGUGAAACAGAUAAAAAAUUAUAGAAAGAAAACCAAAAUUUCUAAAUGUACGAUUAGUCAAAUAGCGAGAGAGAUGAAUUUAUAACAGAAAUAGAAAAUCUUGACUUAAUUUAAUAAAUGAAUUCACUCCCAGAAUUCAAUAAAUCUCAAAAAGUAACAACUCUUAAAUGCUUGUACAAAGAAUUACUAUAUUCUUCCCUCUUUAUGAAUUAUCGUUUCUAACAAAAUUGUAUAUCCUAUCAAUAGAAUAGCUCAGAUACCCUACAUGCUGUUCAUUCUAAUAUUUUAUAAUCUUUUUAAUCAAUAGAUUUCAAUGAAUCACAUUAUGAAGCAUCGCUUAAUGAAUAAGCAAAAAACCUUUAACCUUCUAUCGAUUAAGCAGUAGCCCAUCCUAUUGACCGAUAAGAUCCAUUUCAUUAUUAUGUUUUGAUAAAUCUCUUAACAUUAUCUCAUGAUCGACCAUUUUCUUUGAUUAUUCAACUGUAAAAGUUGAUCGAAGCAUAAUAGAAGAUAAAAAAGGAAUUGGUAAAACCAAAGUUGAAAUAAAAUCAUGCUCCUGGAGGAUUGAUUGAAAUGAGAAAGACAAUAGUUCUUCAAGUGUUCUACACAGAAAACUUAAUCAGUAGACAUAAUUAUUCUUAAGCAAUCCAUUAUAUGUAAAAAAUAAUUACAUUGCAGUAAAAAUUAAAUCAAAAGCACUCUCUACUUUACGCGUAUUGUUUAUUUUUGAAUGGGUAAUUAUGCGCUAAAACCAUGUAAACGAUUUCUGCAAUGCUCAAUUUAGAAAUGUGUAAACAAUUUUACGAUUUGUAUUUUCCAUCUUCAAUAAUUAUUCCAGAAAAAACUAUUGAACCUAAAUAACCGUAAUAAUAAAAUUAAAAAUAAGAAAAUCAAUAAGUUCAGCCAACAAAACCAUAACUUGUAAUUAAGGAAGUAGAUAAUUUAUCAACAACCAACUAAUCAGUUUUAGAAUUUAGCUUGGGAUAGAUGUACUCCUAAUUAAACGAUUAAGAAAAUGCGCUGAAAUGUUUGAAAAGAGCUCAAGCUAUAAGAGAAAAGAGAUUUGAAUAAUUCUCUGACUAAGUGAUUGAAAUUACUCUAGAAAUUCUACGAGUUUAUGUGGAGUAAGAAGAAAGUGGGGCCGUUGCUAAAUUAUGUUGUCAAUUAGCUGCGAAGAUGAAUGAAAAAUAUAAACAUAAAGAAGUUUUAAAAACUAAAAAUGUUGGAAUACUUCAAUUAAUUAUGGCUGUGAUAUACGAAAGCAACGGAGUUUUGGUUAGUUCUCUCAGAUUCUAUCAGCGAGCUUUAAAAACAUUUUAAGGUUCAAGAUCAAAUAAUUACAUAAGAUAAUUAUACAUUAGUGAUAAAAUUAAAGGAAUUAUAGAAAGAAUAAAAUAGAUAGCCACACAAACUAUUUCAAUGGAUAAACAAUGUAUUAAUCAACUUAAUAAUCUCAAGGGCUUUCUAAGUAUUUCUGAUAUUCUUAAGCCUUACUUUUCAAAUUCUUAUUAUUAAAAUCAAAAAUAAACAAACACUAUAAAUCAGAACAUUGUAUCUUCUUUGGUUUAUGCUAAUGGCUAUUUAAAUAACUACGAAUUAAUAGAUGCACUUACUAGAUAUUAGGCUACUCACAAAAUCUAUAAGAAAUAAAGGAUUGACGAGUGUUUUGGAAUUGUAUUAGAAAAACUUGGUUUAAUUAAUAUUUACCAAAAAAAAUACGAUUAAGGAAUUCAAUUUAUGAAAUUAGCCUUGGAAAUUCAUGAAAGGUAUUUAUUGUUCCCAAUGAAGUAAUGUAAUAUUAUCAAAAUAAACCUUUACAUUUUAUUAGAUAUGGCCUAAAAGAAUUAAUAGAAAAAAAUUCUUGAUUAAUUUGAUGUAAUAGAGAAAUUCAUUGAGCAAAUUUAUGAAGAUAUCCAUUGGAAUUUGACUCCUGAAGUAGCUUCUCGAAUCAACAAAUUUAAAGUGAUGUCAGCUAAAAUUGGUUCUAAGGCUUUGCAUUAGAUUUUAGAACUUAUUCAUAAUAUAGAUCUGUAUUAUAAUGUAAAGAAACUGUUGUAUGAAAACUUCGCAGAUCCUCAAUAACUCUAAGAAUAAGCUUAAUUAUAUUUAUCAAAAAAAUUAAUAUAGAUGAGCAACAAAAAAAGACAACACUGGCUAGAAAAAAGAACGAGAUGUUAGAUUGGUUAAUUGGCAAAAGUUCAUAUUAUCUAACGAAAAAGAGUUACCAGUAUGUUUUCUUGUAAUGAGGCGAAGAAGGUUGAUGAGUAGACAAAAAGUAGAAUAACACAAAACUCUACACUUGUUGACUAAACAAAUGAGAAAAUACAAAAAAAUUAAUUAUCUUCAGUUGAUGAAUCCAAAGAAACUGCAUUGCCAAAUAAUAAAAUUUUGAUAGAUUUAAGGUCUGCUGAAGAAAUUUUGGAAGAGCAGAGAUAACGUUAACUAGAAUUACUGCAACAGCGAAAACUGCGUUUAAUUAGAAAUUUGAGCCAAUCCAAUGAGUUCAAUUUUUAAAAUCAGUAAAGCUAAAAUGGUUCUUUCAUUAUUUAAAGAUAAAGCCAAAUGAUGUAAUUUAAUCAGAUGAAGUAAAUUUUGUAAAAUUAGUAAUAAUAAGUUGAAUAUUAAAAAUCUAAUCCAAUCAAAGAUAAUCAACAGCAAUCAAUAUCUACUUCAAAAAUUUUAUAGCCAAUUAAAGCAGGAGGAAGACAAAAGAAGUCAUUGUCAUAACCUGGGGUUGAUCAAGAUUAAUUGAAGAAUUCAUAUAUAAAAUUGGCUGAUGAAGGUUUGACUAAUAAGAGAAGGAGAACUAUCAGUUAACAAAGUUUGGCAUCAAUUUCAUAAGUAAAACGAAAAAUUAAUCCUUUUGAAAAAUCGGUUAAAAAAAAAUGA